UCUGCCUGCCAUCAGGCGAGAGAGUGGCCAGUGCGCGGCGCCGUGGGAUCGACCGACCGGGGAUGCCGAAGCUGCAGAGGUACAGGGGCGUCAGGCAGAGGCACUGGGGCUCCUGGGUCUCCGAGAUCCGCCACCCGCUCAUGAAGACGAGGAUCUGGCUGGGCACGUACGAGACGGCGGAGGACGCGGCGCGGGCGUACGACGAGGCGGCGAGGCUCAUGAGCGGGCCCGCCGCGCGCACCAACUUCCCCUCCGCCGGCGGCGUCCCCGCCGGAGGAUGCCUCUCCGCGACCCUGCGCGCCAAGCUGGAGAAAUGCUGCCUGUCGUCGUCGGCGGCGGCGGCGCCGGUGCAGAACGUCGAGGCGACCAAGGCGGCGGCGAGGGCCGGAGGCGGCGCCGCGCGCCGAAACAGGGUGGAGGACGUCGUGAAGCGCGUGGACGAGGAGGAGGAGUGCAUCGAGGAGAUGAUCAGGGAGCUCACCCACUACGGCUCCGUCGAGAUCGUCCUCCCCUCCGCCUGCUCCAGCUCCGUCGUCUAGCUCGCUCUAGCCUGCCUGCCGGCCGUCCUCCAGCAAGAACCGACCGCUCCCCUAGCUAGCUAGCCAGCCAGCCAGUCCAUCAUCCAUCCAUGUCCAUGCCCAUCCACCCCCUUCGUCUCUCUCUCCCGACUUGUUUUUGUUAGGCAACAAACAUGUAGCAGUAAGGUAAAGUAGUAAAUGUACACCCCCAUAAACCAUAUCCAUUAGCCGCCAUGGAUCACCAUCGGCACAUGUUACUUAUGUACACUCCGUUAGCCGGAGGAGCAUUUGCAUUAA